AUGCCGACUCCAGAAUCCGAGAUACUCAAGCCACUCGACGCCUCCAACACCAACUCCGACGACUGGGAGAUCUUUGUCCUGAGCGAUGCGCGCAUCGUCUUCGAGAGCAAUGGAAAACCUGCGAGCCUUCUUGCUGCAUAUGCAGAUACUCCCCUCCGAGUGGAAGGGCGACUGGAGACUCCGGGGCGCAGCCAGCUGAAAUAUCUUUUGAAGAAGCCCUACAAACCCAUGGAAAUCGAAUUACAACAUGUAACGCGCUUCUCCUACGGCGAAAUGACCGACGGCGCAUACGUAAUCUGGGCGCAAGGCCAGGCAGGCUGGUUCGAGAUACGACCGACAGCGCAGUACAAGCCCAUCUAUGACCAGAUGGUCCAGGCUGUGGAACUUCUAUACUUCGUCACAGACAUCUACGGCGAGUCGCGGAAGAAGAGCAGCGGGCCCAGUGCUGAACUGGUCUUCCAAGAGUAUGCAGAGGACGAGCGUUUUCCCUGCAACGAUGUGGCCACGGCCGAGAAAAUAUUUGACCAACAUCACCUGUUCCUCAUGAUGUGCUUUCUGAACAAAGCCCAAGGACUGAGCUGGAACUUCGAUAAUUGUAAGGCACGAAUCGAAGGGCGCUAUUCUCAGAUCCAACCCGAACGCUCAACGAGGACCCAGAAGUCCGCGUCUGCACCAACACCGGCUUCCAAAUCGGCACAAGCGAAUGCGACACCGAAACCAUCGGAAGCGCCGAAGAAAGACGACAACUGGUGGGAGGCGGCCGCACUCUUCGAAUUCAUGCAGAAAGCAGUGAAUCAACGGGUUCUACGAGCAGGACGGAACCACAUUACGGUGGAUCGCGUUGCCGAACUCAUCGUCAGACGAUACGAGAUUGAGGAAGUGGACACUGCGAAGAAUGUGCUUCUGGUACAUGCACAGAAUUUGUGCUACAUGAUGGACCACCCGCGGCGGAAAAACGUACAAUUUUUUGCCUCCGAACCGAUAUACCAAGAGCUGGCAGCUGGACACACACUUUCCGCAGCAGAACAACGGCGAGCUGAAGGUGUGGAACUGAAACCACGCAAAGAUCACGCAACUCUGAGAGACGGUGAAAGCGGUUCUUCAGAUACGUCCGACGAAGGAGACGACGCCAUAAUAACACCUGUGCGUAGGCCACCAGGUAGACGGAAGCAAGGCCGGUUAUCUGUGCUACGACCUACGAGUGGAAAGUUUUCUGGCAAGAGCAAAGGGAUCAGCAUUAAGCCAGGGAGACAGAAAGGCGGAAAGGGGAAAGCACCCGUGCCGGCAAGUGAUGACUCGGAAGCCGAGCAAAGCAGCAACGCCACAAGUAGUGAUGAAGAUGAUGAGGAAGAAGGCAUCGAGACACCAACCCACGCCCUAUCACCAGGUCGAGAGAAGAGGAAACUAGACGAUACAGACGGCGAUCAAGACGAGAAGGAUCGACGAAAACGUACAGCCAGUGCAUCCAUAGCACCUGAAUCUCCUCCCACAACUGGCGACUCGGACUCUGCUUCUGAAGGAGUCAGCGCCGUACCACCUCUUCCGCUACGCUCCCGGCCCUCCCAUCUCCCUCCCCAUGCGAAUUCAGCAUCAUCAUCAGGAAACACCAAAUCAAUAGUAUCACCACCGAUGAUAUCAACACCCUUACCGACAUACGAAGCAAAUGGCCCCCGCGACUCCUGGAUCUGCAGUUUCGAUGGUUGCACCCAGAAAAUCUACGGAUGCAGUAAAGAGUUGGGUAGGCAAUUGAUCACAGAACACUUGGAAGAUCACAGUCGAGGGCGAGAGAAGGUUGUUGGUAUUCUUUGGAGAGAACAGGAUAGAUUGAAUCUACCUGUUAGCAACUUGAUCAAGAAAAUCCGUGAAAUGAACGAGGCGGCUACGCCGCUGUUCCCGGUGCCUGGUGCUCCGGCGACGGCAGUGCAGCCAAAGCCUAUACAAAGACCUGUGUAA